AUGUCAUUACAAGUCACAAAUGCCGAGUUUACAUCUCUCAAAGCAUCAUGGGAGAGAGCCAAGUUUCGCUUGAGGUCGAUGGAGGGUCACAGUGACAUCAUCACCUGUGUGGUUACCGUCGACAACCUGGUGAUCUCUCUCAGUCGAGACACAACAGUAAAGUUGUGGCCCGUUCCUACGGCAACAGAGCAGUGGAAUCUCGGAGGUCACACUGGUGGAGUCACCUGUCUGUCUGCCCCUCCGCCUGAAUACUGUAGGAGACUAGCCAAGGAUCUGUCUCCGGGAGACAAGGAGAGGUUCCUCCUGAGUGGCUCAGCAGACUGCUGUGUGAGGAACUGGGCCUUAAGUACUGGUGACCAGUGUGUAAAGUCCAUCUAUACCUUUAACGUUGUGACUGCUCUCUGCUUCGUGCCUGAAGGCGAUGGCUACAUCAUCACUGGAUCAGAUGGGGGUAAAGUUCAGGCCGGGAGCUGGACAACUGAAUCAAUCAACGCAAAUGAGGAGGCUGUGACCUCCCUACAGUCCCAGGGUCCCCUGGUGUUCAGCAGCUCAGCAGAGGGUGGGGUGUCUGUGUGGGAGGGGCUCUGCACCAACCGCGACCCCCUGCAGCUGUUACAUCCUUGGGACGCAACGGUAACGGGCUGCGGGAGUCAGGGAGGUCGUUUGGCCCUCUGUCCCCGUGGUGACAGGCUCUCCGUUGCCUACGGCAGAGCCAACCUCGGGAUCCUCAACUGGAGGAUAGGCACCGUGUCCAGGCUAACCAAUCACAGCAGCUUCGCUGGAGUAACAGAUUGUGUACAUCAGACACUCCUCAUUGGCUCAUGCUACGAUUUGGCGGAUGGGGAAAGCACCUUGAACUUGUUCUCUCUACCUCUGUGCCAGUACCUGGCCUCGCUGACCUGUGCGGAUGCUCAGAGAAUCGUCUGCUUUGCGGCAUUGCUCACGGGCCGUGGGGGUCACCGCUGGGUCACCGGGGGUCGUGCCCUUACGGUGUGGGAGCAGCUCCCUAGCUCCGGGAAGCACAGGGGUGAUGUCACAACGAAGCGAGACAAUCGAUUGGACGCCUCCCUGAUGGAAUCAGAGGGAGAUUCUGAGGAGGACAGUGGUGAUUACGAUGAUGACAAAGAAGAGGACUGCACAUCCCAAGAUGCAUCAGAGUCGGGCUCAACGUCGGGGCUUCGCUGUGUUCUCCAGUGA